GGGGCGGGCGGGCGGUUACCUCAUCGCCGCCUCCAGCCGACUCGGCUCACUUGCUCGCGCCGCCGGCUGGGGCGGCGACUCCGGGCGCCCGAGCGAGCGGAGGACGGAGGCACGGAGACGCCGGGAGCAGCCUCGCCCCCCGCGCCGCGAUCGGCUGCAGGACCCGCGGCGCGCGGAGGUCGCGGCUCGGGCUCGGGCGCUGCAGGGCGGAGGCGGGGUGUGCGCGCGGCGCGCCGGGGCGCUUCUCCCCAGCGCUCCGGCACCCGCCCGGGCUCCGUCCGCCGUCGGCCUGCUCGGCUGUCGCGCUGCCUUCCCGCCACCGGCUUUGUCUUCGGGCCUGGCCUCCCCGGACCCCGCGCCUCCGGGGGCGGACGAGGAGCGCGGCGAGGCCGGGGCGCACCGGGCAGGGCGCGCGGGGCGCACCGCGCGGCGCCGGCCCAUGAGGCUUCCCGGCGCGGGGCGCGGCGGCGCGCGAGGGCCAUGGGGGGCAGCCUGCGGGUGGCCGUGCUGGGCGCCCCGGGCGUGGGCAAGACGGCCAUCAUCCGCCAGUUCCUGUUCGGCGACUACCCGGAGCGCCACCGACCCACGGAUGGACCGUGCCUCUAUCGGCCGGCGGUGCUGCUCGACGGCGCCGUCUACGACCUGAGCAUCCGCGACGGCGAUGGCGCUGGCCCGGGUCCGAGCCCGGCAGGGCCGGAGGUAGAACAGACAGACUCGAAGGACUGGAACCUGCAGGACACGGACGCCUUCGUUCUCGUCUACGACAUCUGCAGCCUGGACAGUUUUGACUACGUGAAGGCCCUGAGGCAGCGCAUCGCGGAGACCAGGCCAGCAGGCGCGCCUGAAGCGCCCAUCCUGGUGGUGGGAAACAAGCGGGACCGGCAGAGGCUGCGCUUCGGACCUCGGCGUGCACUGGCCACCCUGGUGCGCAGAGGCUGGCGCUGCGGCUACCUCGAGUGCUCAGCCAAGUACAAUUGGCACGUGCUUCGUCUCUUCCGCGAGCUGCUGCGCUGUGCGCUGGUGCGCGCGCGCCCUGCACACCCGGCCCUGCGUCUGCAGGGGGCGCUGCAUCCCGCGCGCUGCAGCCUCAUGUGACCGAGUUGGACCGAGCUUCUCACGUGGGGGCGGGGCAGAGGACGGAUACAACCCAGGAACCGGAUUGGACAAGAUUGUCCAACUUGUCUUGGAUUGGAUGGGAGCGUGACCUUGCUGAUUGGAGGAGAAAAGUUCCCACCCCUGGGCGAUGGGCCUGUCUUUGAACCUCAUUGGGUCACCUUGAGCCUCUGUGGGUCAAGAUCUUACUGGAUGAAAGGGAUUUAGCUGUGAAUUUGAUUGGAUGCUCAGACUACUCUUAGUGCUUCAUUGGAGAAACUUUAAGUCACACCUUUCAGGAGGCAAUAAAGUGGAAACUGUU